GGAAAGGGAAAUCUUGAUCAGCUGACCUCACGUGACUCUCGGAAGAAGCAGCUGAUUUUCUGUUUUCUGUUAAAAUCUGAAAACAUUACGAGCUUUAGAGAUGACUGCGCGCGGUAAACUGAUUGCAGUGAUCGGGGAUGAGGACACGUGCACCGGGUUCCUGCUGGGGGGGGUGGGCGAGCUCAACAAGAACCGUAAACCCAACUUCCUUGUGGUGGAGAAGGACACGAGCGUCGCUGAGAUAGAGGAGACCUUCAAGAGCUUCCUCGCCCGUAACGACAUCGGAAUCAUCCUCAUCAACCAGUUCAUAGCCGAGAUGAUCCGCCAUGCCAUCGACGGCCACAUGCAGUCCAUCCCCGCCGUGCUGGAGAUCCCUUCCAAAGAGCACCCCUACGACGCCUCCAAGGACUCCAUCCUGCGCCGUGCCAAGGGCAUGUUCUGUGCAGAGGACUUCCGCUAGACCGGGGAACUCGAACGCACCACGACCUGUAGACCCCUCUAUGGAGUAUAGUGUAUAUGUGUUCCCUCUUUAGUAAUAUACACUGAACGCACCACGACCCCCUGACCCCGUGAUUAAAGUGCUGGAAUGAGGCAGUCUAGUUAAGAUGUGAUAAGUAUCGCUUCCAAAAAAUGCAAAUAUGUUUUGAAGUAUAGCGUACAUGUGUUUCCUCUUUAUGUUAUUAAUAAAUAUCUGUGUGUGUGUGUGUGUGUGUGUGUGUGUGUGUGUGUGUGUGUGUGUGUGUGUGUGUGUGUGUGUGUGUGUGUGUGUGUGUGUGUGUGUGUGUGUGUCAUUGAGGACGGUCAUGUGAAGAGUUUGAUGUUUACUUCCUGUUUCUCUUGUUGAUGUUAAACUUAUAAAAUAAAAGUUCCUGUUUGUGAA